UCAAUUGUAUAUUCAGAGGCCUUUUUCUCUUGUGUUUAUUGAGUACGGUCCCUCCGAAGAUUGAUUGAAUUGUCAAGAUUGAAGUUCUGUACAAUAUUAUUGUGUGGUACUUAAAACAGUUCAAAUUAUUAAAUAAGUGAAGUGGUUGUUUUCCCAAUUGAUCAGUGCUGUGCACCAUUGCCCCGAGAUGUUACUUGUAUUUUAUAAUACGGCUUUGUUGUGCUCUUGGUUAUGAUUGGCUAUGUGGUGUUAAUUGUUCUUCUAUAACACACAUUUCUUUUUAUUAUUAUUUGAAGCCUCAUUGUAAUGUGCCACUGAUUGUGUCAGUAUGGCUCCUAGAAAGACAUGUGACCCAAGGCCAGGCUACGGGAAGUUGAGUGUGUCACCCCAGCAUAAAAUAUAGUGGGUUGUGAUGUCUUCCGUCUACAUCUUUGUUAGUGGGUGAGUACCACCAAGACCAGAGUAGGUGCGAACCUCGUGCUGGCAAUGUGAAGGAUCUAGCAGUAGUUGUAAUGCUCAAUGGUAUUAAAGUUUUUAGUCUUUGAUUACAUGUACAAUGGAUGUUAGAUUUUUAAUUAAUGGCCUUUGGUUUGUGCCAGGUUUUUGAAAAUGUAGGCCAACUCUAUUUUUGUGCUGCUUUGUGUUUGAUAUGUUGCAAUCUCAUGAGUACUCUCUCUCUCUCUCUCUCUCUCAGUCUCAUGAGUAAUCUCUCUCUCUCUCUCUCAUUCAGUCUCAUGAGUAAUCUCUCUCUCUCUCUCUCUCUCUCCUUCUCUCUCUCGCUCUCACGAGUCCCCCCACCCUAUUUGUUACCAUGAAUUGUUGGCCUCUGAGGCAAUCCAUGCUUUCAGCUGGUUACAAAAGCAGCCAAUCAGAGUGCGACUGGUCAGCCACAGAGGGGAGGGGCUUAGGUCUGUGUUAAAUCUCUUUGGCUUCGUUGAGUUCGGCUGCAGAGAGGAACGUAGAGACUGGGCGUGGCUUAGUGUCAGCCUCCCUCCCUCCCUCCCUCAGUGUUCCUCCGCGAGAGCAUGUUUCCACUGUAUAUGUGUUUGUGUUCUGAGACUUAGCAGCAGAGGGAGAAGGAGAGAGAGAGAGAGAGAGAGACAGACAGAGUGACAGAGAGAGAGAGGGAGUGAGCGAGAGAGAUAAGGAAAGGCUGAGAAGAAGGGAAGGGGGCAUUUGGAGUGUUGAGCUCUGGGUUGGUGGGGAGUGAGAGGGGGAUCUGCUCCGUGCUGCUGCAGACACUGGGGCCUGUGCUGUGCUGUGCUGAGAGAUCUCUGCAUGGAAAAACAACAAUGGAGCCUGCCUGAGAGCUCCCUCCUCAGCCACACUCUCUUUCACACACACGCCCUCCGUAUGAGCUAAGCGGAGGCCAGGGCUCUGGCUCCCUUCAUGAAUGUCAGCGGUCAUGGCUAAACGCGAGAGCAACAGCAGCAGCAGUCCAGUGGUCCGGCAGAUAGACAAGCAGUUCCUGGUUUGCAGUAUCUGCCUGGACCACUACCACAAUCCCAAAGUUCUGCCCUGCCUGCACACGUUCUGCGAGAGGUGUUUACAGAACUACAUUCCUCCUCAGUCGCUGACCCUGUCAUGUCCCGUGUGUCGCCAGACCUCCAUCCUGCCUGAGAAGGGUGUGGCCGCCCUGCAGAACAACUUCUUCAUCACCAACCUGAUGGAGGUGCUCCAGCGGAACCCGGAGAGCUCGCCUCCGGAGGCCUGCAGCGUGCUGGAGUCGGUCAGCGCCGCCGUUGCCGGGAAACCCCUCUCCUGCCCCAAUCACGAGGGCAAGGUGAUGGAGUUUUACUGUCAGUCUUGUGAGACAGCCAUGUGUUUGGACUGCACUGAGGGAGAGCACAGGGAUCAUGUGACUGUUCCCUUAAGAGACGUCUUGGAGCAGCACAAAGCAGCUCUGAAAAACCAGCUGGACACCAUUGGAAACCGGCUUCCUCAGCUCACGGCAGCCAUUGAGCUUGUGAGCGAGAUCUCCAAGCAGCUGACAGAGAGGAAGAAUGAGGCAGUGAACGAGAUCAACGCCACGUUCGAGGAGCUGGAGCGAGCACUACAGCAACGCAAGAGCGCCCUCAUCACAGAUCUGGAGAACAUCUGCAAUGCCAAGCAGAAGGUGUUGCAGGCUCAGCUUUUGUCGCUGCUCCAGGGCAAGGAGCACAUCCAGAGCAGCUGCAGCUUCACCGAGCAGGCGCUGUCCCACGGCAGCUCCACUGAGGUGCUGAUGGUGCAGAAGCAGAUGAGUGAGCGCGUGUCGGCGCUGGCCUGUCACGACUUCCCCGAGCGGCCGCACCAGAACGCCCACCUGGAGUGCCAGGUGGAGACGGAGGGCCUGCGGCGCUCCAUCCAGAACCUGGGCGUGCUGCUCACCACCGCCGCCGUGGGCCACACCAGCGUGGCCACGGGCGAGGGCCUGCGCCACGCCGUGGUGGGCCAGCACGCCACCGUCACCGUCACCACCAAGGACAAGGACGCCGAGCUGGUGCGCACGGGCAACGCCAUGCUGCGGGCGGAGAUCACCGCCGUGGCGGACGGUGCGCGGGCGGCUGAACCGGAAGUGACGGACAACAAGAACGGCACGUACGAGGUGGGCUACACGCUGCGCGGCGACGGCGAGUUCGCCUUCGCGCUCUCGCUCUACGAGCAGCCGGUGCGCGGGAGCCCGUUCAGACUGCGUGCCGUCAAGCCGUCAGAUGUGCCGCAGUCGCCCGACGACGUGAAGAGGAGGGUGAAGUCGCCCAGCGGGGGAGGGGGGACACACAUCAGGCAGAAGGCCAUUAGGAGGCCCUCCAGCAUGUACAGCACCACCAAGAAGAAGGAGAACCCCAUCGAGGAUGAGCUGAUCUACAGAGUGGGCACACGAGGUCGAGAGAAGGGAGAGUUCACUAAUCUGCAGGGCAUUUCAGCCUCCAGCAAUGGAAGAGUUGUGGUUGCCGACAGCAACAACCAGUGCAUUCAGUUGUUUACAAAUGAUGGACAGUUCAAGAUGAGGUUUGGGGUGAGAGGUCGUUCCCCAGGACAACUGCAGCGGCCCACAGGCGUCACUGUUGACAUGAAUGGUGACAUCAUAGUUGCGGACUAUGACAAUAGAUGGAUCAGCAUCUUCUCACCCGAUGGAAAGUUUAAGAAUAAGAUUGGCUCUGGUCGACUGAUGGGGCCCAAAGGAGUGGCUGUGGAUCGUAAUGGUCAUAUCAUCGCCGUGGACAACAAAGCCUGCUGCGUGUUUAUCUUCCAGUCCAAUGGGAAGCUCGUCACCAAAUUUGGAGCAAGAGGAACCGCUGACAGACAGUUUGCAGAAAAGAGUAGUGCACACUUUGCACUGGAGCAAAAGCUUAGUAAAUCUGUCCCCGCCUUCAGCCCCCACUUUGUUGCUGUGAAUAACAAGAGUGAAAUCCUGGUGACAGAUUUCCAUAAUCACUCCGUGAAGGUAUACAAUGCUGAUGGGGAGUUUCUCUUUAAGUUUGGUUCCCAUGGUGAGGGGAAUGGCCAGUUCAAUGCUCCCACAGGUGUAGCAGUGGACGCUAAUGGAAACAUCAUUGUUGCAGACUGGGGUAACAGCAGGAUACAGGUAUUUGACUGCUCAGGGUCGUUCCUCUCAUACAUCAAUACCAGCGCCGACCCCUUGUACGGUCCCCAGGGCCUGGCCUUGACAUCAGACGGCCACGUGGUGGUGGCCGACUCCGGGAACCACUGUUUCAAAGUCUACCGGUACCUGCAGUAGAAGCCAGGGGCCCCAGCAGUAGGGCCCCUCCUCUGCGGACAGCACAGCAGGCAGGCAGGCCACCUCGCUGGGUGCUGGAGUCUCCUCUGCUCUGUUUCAACGUUUUGCACACUCAAUGAAGCCCUCCUAGCAAACCUGUGUCUGGUGAAGACUAGAGGGGGACAAAGCUACAAAUUUUAACAAGUUACAGCAUGUGCACUUUUUUUACUUUCUACUGAUGAAGACAACAACAGAAAAUAUAUAUUUGUUGUGGUGGGUUGUAAUAUCAUAAUUAUGUCCAAAUACAAAAAAAUCAACCCUACCAAUAAAAAGCACAGAUGUUGUUUGGAAAAAGCUAACAUGUUAUACUGAAUGAAAAUGUCAUUGCUGGUGGUUUUAUAACAGCCCAAAUGUGACUGACUGCACAGACUACACCCAGUGUGUAGACUUGUUUGUGCAUCAUGAAUACCAAACUGUGUUUUCUUUAUCAAUGUUUUAUCCUGCUCCUUGGGGGAAAUAAUAAAUUGUAUCAUAUCCUAUUGCUACAACAGUACUUGUGUUAUAGCUGUGUAUAUGUAGCCACAUGCAUAUAGAUCUAUCUGUACAUAUGCAGAUGUGUGUAUAUGUAUAUAAACAUAUAAAUGUAACCUACACAGUCACAGAGCUACUGGAAGGACCUCUCCACUGAUCUAUAAUAAAACACAUUCUUUCACUGUCUUUUACUGUAGAUCGGUGGUCCUCUCUUUAGUUUUAAUACAUGCAUAUCCUCCCCCACAGGAACUGACCUGAAAUCUGAUCGUGUCAGUUGCGUCAGUGUUUAGGGCAGCUGUCUGUAGAUACGUGUUGGUUUUGAUUCUGGACCGACCAUGUCCUGUGUGAAGCGCUGUAUGCUGACACAUUCGAUAGCACGGGAUGAUGCACAUUCAGGCUCUGUGCUGUUUUUAAAACAUACAUUAAAAAGGAGCCAAAAAAGACAAAAACAUAUUAUUUUCUUCUUUUCUUCCUUUUCUACAUGUUAAUCUUCUACAAAUUAUUUUUCUAAUUCCUUCUAUUUUAAUUUGUUUCCUCUCUGCCAAACAUCAUAUCCACAUGUUGAUGUCAUGUGUCAGUAGAUUACACGCCUGCCUAUAAGGACUGUUUGUUUUCAUGUGUCAAGAAAACAUUGCCAAAAUAUGUUCAUUGUUACUGAAAAUAUACAAAGAUAAUUAUCUCUAAGUAAAUGUAUAUGUUUAUGUCUCCCUGUAUAUAAUUUCAGCAUAUAUAAAUAUAUAUAUACAUAUAUGACAUAUGUUGGUUCAGUAAUUAGCAGUGUGGCAGAAAAAAACACCAGCGAUGUGCCAGUAUUGUUUUAUUGUUAUUUAUUUUAAACAUGUCCCACAAGUGUCGUUUUCAGAUCCUCCUUGUUUUGAUAAGAUACAAUGCACACCUACCACUGGUUUUGGCCAGGAAUUUGUUUGGAAAUUGACAUUUACUCUCAUCAGUUAUUAAAACAAACAAAUAAGUAAAUAAACAAAUACACGCAUCAUAUGACAUGUACACUUUGUGUUCUUGUACAAACAGCUGCUGGAGGACUAAUGGUGAUACAAAGGCUAACUAUAUUCACAUGUAUCCAUGCAGGCGUUCCUUUCUUCUUUGCAUGUUAAUCAUGAUUUACCCAGCUGUUUGACUGCAAGUGGUUAAACGUUUGUAAAACUAGCUACCAUUCUAGACCAGGUGGUGCCGUAUGGCAUCACCAACUGCUGGGUGCAGUGUUUAUCAGAAGCUCUUUGUGCUCCAAUAACCUCUUUUACCUGGAGUGUUUUUUUUUUUUUUCAUUUUUGACCGAAGCAUGAUAGUAGUGAUUGGUACGGGAAAACCACAAGUAAUAAUUAACAUGAAAUAAUAUCUGUAACACACAGAAUCUCACUUGUGUGUUCAGUUUCCUACGGCAGAUUAGCAUUGUGUGUAAUAGAGAUUGUACAUAUUAAACACCUGACAAACCCUUGCUGGUUA